GCCGGUAAUUCUUGGUCCAAAGGACAGAUUCCUCACCUCCAGCGACUGCGGCGGCAGGUGGCUGGAGGUUGGAGAUAAACGGGAGCCAUGGAAAUGAGAUCCGACGGUGCACAGCAAAGGCUCUGUGCUAUGCUGCUGCGUCCGUGUCUGCUACACUCUGUCCGUCGGAAUGGCAAUCGGAACGGCGGCAGCAGCGGCGGCGGUGCGGCGCAGCCUCGGCGCCGCAGGCCCGGACCUCGCCGUCGCCCACCUCUGCUGCCUCUCGACCCCCACUACCUACAACGUAGCCCACCUCCCACCCACGCCGGCCACCCUCCUCGCGCUCCUCCGCCGCGCGCCAGCUUCGCAUCCCCACGCCGCCGCGCACGUGCACGCCUGCCUCCUCAAGACGGCCUACUUCCGCCCGGGGGGCUGCACCGUCCCCAACUCCCUGCUCGCCUCCUACGCAACGUCCGGCGACUCCCUUGCCGCGGCAAAGCUGUUCGACGAAAUGCCACUCCGGGACGUCGCGUCCUCGACCUCCAUGAUGCGGGCACAUCUCGCGGGGGGCUCGGCGUCCCAGGCCCUGUGCAUGUUCAGGGACAUGCUCGCUGGCGGCGGCGGCGCGCCGGAGCCGGACGGGGUCGUCCUCGUCGUCGCCCUCCGCGCGUGCGCUGAGCUCGAGGACCUGGCGCUCGGAGCCUCCUUGCAUGCCGCCGGGGAGCGCCGUGGGCUGCGGGGUGGCGACGUCUUCAUCGACAACUCGCUCGUCGACAUGUACGCCAGGUGCCUCGACCUGCGGUCCGCCAGGAAGGUGUUUGACACGAUCCCGUGCAGGAACGUGGUAUCCUGGAACACCAUGCUCUCUGGACUCGCACGUGCCGGCCGUGCCGCCGACGCGCUAGACCUUCUCUCCUCCCCCUCGUCCUUGCUGAAAGAGGGCGGCAUCGGCUUCGACGAGACGACGCUGGCGGUGCUGCUUCAGCUGUGCAAGAGGCUUGAGGGCGGCCAGGCCAUGUGGUGCCGGUCUGUCCAUGCCGUGGCCAUCAGAAGGGGGCUCCUAUUGUCCUCAACAGGCCUGCCUCUGUUGAACGCCCUGCUGGACGCCUACGCCAAGUGCGGCCUGCUUGAGCACACGCUCAGGCUGUUCCGCGGCAUGCCCAAGAGGAACAUCAUCACGUGGAGCACCAUCAUCUCUGGAUGCGCCCACAACGGCCGACCGGGCGAGGCGAUCGCGUGCGCCGUCGCGAUGAGGGAGGCCGGGGAGACGCCCAACUCAGUCACCAUACUGAGCGUCCUCGAGGCAUGCGCAGACUGUGCGGACAUGGCAGCGUCGAGAUGCGCCCACGGCAUGGCACUCAGGAGUGGGCUAGCCUUGGAGCGGGACGUCAGCAAUGCUCUGGUGGACAUGUAUGGAAAAUGCGGCGACCUGGCUGCGGCGACGAGGGUGUUCAAUGCGAUGCCUCGAAGGGACGUGCUCACCUGGAACUCCAUGAUCGGUGUGCUGGGGAUGAACGGCCGUGCACGUGAUGCCCUCGCCCUCCUUGACAGGAUGGAGCAGGAAGGGGACAUCAUGCCGAACGGUGUCACGAUGCUGGCCGUGCUGUCGGCAUGCGCGCACGGAGGUCUGGUGGAGGAGGGCGUGGCCUGCUUCGAGAGGAUGACGACGACACACUCGGUUGAGCCACAGGUGGAGCACCUAUCGUGCGUCGUCGACAUGCUCGCGCGUGCAGGGGACCUUGAGGGGGCCGCUAGGGUCAUCGAGGAAAGAAUAUCCACCAGCAGCAGUCCAGCAGCCUGGAGCGCGCUGCUAAGUGCCUGCAGAGGCCACAGCAGCGACUCGAAUGUUGGACGUGAUGCUGCCUGCCGCGUCCUGGAGUUGGAGCCGGGCAAUGCUGCGGGGUACCUGAUGUCGAUGGGCGUGGCCGGCGCUGGCGAGUCGACAGCACGGAUGCGACAGCUGAUGAGGGAGAGGGGAGUAGGGGUGACUGGCGGACACAGCAUGGUGCAGGUGGGGCGCAAUGCUCACAGCUUCAUGUCGUGGGAUGGAUGCCACCCUGACAGAGCGCAGGUUUACUCCAUGCUACAUCUCCUGCAUCAACAGAUGCUGCCGCCUACGCCUCCACAUCCAAACCACCAUCAUCUUACCUUAUUAUCAUGUACACCAGUGUCAUGAUUAAGGUUCGCCGCCGACUCCAUGAGAUACUGCGGAAUGGGUUAGAAGGCGGAGUGAUUUCUGUCUUGCCCAUCGAGCAUCUUCACCACCGCGCUCAUUGACGGCCUCUGCUGCACGCACCGGAACACCACCUUGCACAUCCUCUCCACCAGCCCUCUGCAACACAAGUCAUGGCGGACCGUUGCCACCAUGAGUUCCAUCAGCUCACCGGCUUCGUACCUGGCCCAUGCGACCACGGGGAACCAUUGCUGGCUGCUCUUCAGCGUGGCAUUGGCGUCUUGGUUACUACCAUGCUCGACGAUCUUCCGGAGGAGCAUGCCGAAGCUGUAGACAUCACACUUCUCGGCGAUGUGUAGCUCCAUCCAAACCUCCGGCGCGGUGUGCCCAAAAGUGCCGCGUCCGUGGGACAGAGACAUGUGUUUCGGCAUGGUUGACGAGGCUUGCGAGGCCAAAGUCGGCCACCUUGGGCCUGAGGGUGCCGUCGAGGAGGUAUCUUGCUGUUGCUAACUUGAAUGGAUUUGUCAUUUUUGAAUAGCCUAACUUGUUCUUCCUCCGAAAGGAUGGAUGAGUAAUAGAAA